CGGGAGGGACUCGCAGCUUCCCGGCUCCGGCUGUGCAGUCCGGUCCUCUCGCGGCCGGGGACGAGCCAACCAUGCUCAAGAAACCCAAGAGCGUGAGGCUGCGCGCUCUGCACGGCGCCGCCAAGUUCGGGGUGGCCGGCAGGAGCGUCCGCGAGCUGCUGCGGAAGGGCUGCGCACGUUUCCAGCUGCCCGAGCGUGGUUCCCGGCUGUGUCUGUAUGAGGAUGGGACCGAGCUGACGGAGGACUACCUCCCCAGUGUCCCCGACGAUGCGGAGCUUGUGCUGCUUGCCGAGGGCCAGAGCUGGCUGGGCUACGUGAGCGACAUCAGCCGCUUUCUCAGCGUGUUUCAGGAGCCGCACGCGGAGGUCAUUGUGGCAGCGCAGCAGCUUCUGUCGGCCGAGCAGGCCCCACUGCGGCAGAAGCUGCUGUCCGACCUGCUGCACAGCGUUAGCCAGAACAUCCCUGCCGAGGGCCGUGCCGAGGACCCGCCCUGGUUUGAAGGUUUGGAAUCACGAUUCCAGAGUAAGUCUAGCUACCUGAGAUACAGCUGUGAGAGCCGGAUCCGGAGUUACCUGAGAGAGGUGAGCUCUCACGUCACCAUGGUGGGCCCUGAGGCCCGGGAGGAGUUCCUGCGGGUGCUGGACGCCAUGGGCCAGAAGCUCAGGUCCGUGCACUACAAUGGCAGCUACUUCGACCGAGGGGCGGCGGCUGGCAGCCGGCUCUGCACACCGGAGGGCUGGUUCUCCUGCCAGGGUCCUUUCGACAUGGCCGACUGCACGUCCCGACACUCCAUCAACCCCUAUAGCAACAGGGAGAGCCGCGUCCUCUUCAGCACGUGGAACCUGGAUCACAUAAUCGAGAAGAAGCGCGCUGUGGUCCCCACCCUGGCUGCUGCCGUCCAGGACCCGGGCGGCAGGGAGGUGGACUGGGAGUAUUUCUACAGCCUGCUCUUCACCACCGAGAACCUGAAGCUGGUCCACAUCGCCUGCCACAAGAAGACCACCCACAAGCUCAGCUGUGACCCCAGCAGGGUCUACAGACUCCCGGCGAGGCCGCGAGCAAGGCCCGCCAGGAAGCGCCAGAGGCCGCGAGGGAGGCCCGCCCUGGCCCGGAGCCUGCCAGGGGGUCGCUGAG